GGGAGUGAAGAAUGGUCGCAGGCCUGUAUCCCUCGGUUCUGCUUCUGAUGGGAUUACAAAGGCAAUUAUGUGAUGGGACAGUAAUCUACUCAUCAGUAGGGGCCAGUGUGGCUCUACCAUGUGGCACAAAUGCCCACAGAUCCUGCUCAGCAGUCCUUUGGAGAUUCAGGGAGAUGUUCAUGUUUGAUGAUGAUUUAGUCCAAGAUGGGAAGGUGACAGACAUCAAGACGAACAGAGCCAGGAGACUGAGGGUGGGUCCAGACUGCUCGCUGCUCAUAUCUAAUCUGACUUCAGAGGAUGGAGGACAGUACACCUGCCAGGAUGGAGCCAUCUCUCCCAGCACAAGUCUUCAGCUGCUCAACAUUACCGUGACCCCAAACACUGGCCUCAUUGCCAGAACAACAGUCUCUCUAAAUUGCUACUUGUCUGUCGCCACUGGCCUUGUGUUUUGCAACCACACUGGGAUAAGUUUCCGCUGGGUAAGUGAGAAUGGUGCCGAGUUAUGGGGCAACAGGUAUAAGAUCUCCCAUCUAUCUGCAUGCCACUCCACAAUGGCAGUGGAACUCACAAGGACAGACCAUAAUAAGCACUGGAGGUGUCAACUGAUUGAGGGGAAGGAAGUGAAGACAACACAGAGCUAUGUCACCAAACUCAUAGAUGGUGUAGAGGAAGUGUUUGCAUCAGUGGGAGGGUCUGUGACUUUGCCCUGCACUGACAUUGCAACCCCUGGCGCAGGAGAAAUUUUUCAGUGGUCUGUUGGAGAAAAGACACUGAUCACUCAGAUCCAGGAAGAUCAUGUCACAUCGUCAGAUGAGAAUGAUGCCACAACCCUGGCCGACAGAAAGAUCCAAGGUUUUAUAAUGAAGCCAGACUCUUCAUUACUAAUUAAGUCUGUGACCCCAGCACACUCCGGGUAUUACCAGUGUUCACAACUCAAUGGCUCAGGCCUCAUCUUCACACACAGAAGAAUACUGUUCCACACACUGGAGGUUCCCAAUUCUCUCUCAGUGAAUAGAGACCACGCCGGUGUUCCUCCCCAGCAAAACUUCAGCUUCACUCUAACCUGCUCACUCACCUGCGCAGAUGCCUGUGAUAAAAACAUGAAUUUGACUUGGAGUCACAGUGCAGGAGGCCACCAAGGUGCCAGCAGUGUUGUGCAAGUAAACAACACCCUGAUGUCCCAGCUGUUUGUCCCUGAGCUUCGGGUCUCGGAGAGGCUUGCGUGCAUCGUGCUGAGAGAGGGGGCUGAAAAAGCCAGGCAAGAGUGGGCAGUACAAGCGGAUUAUGCUUUGCCUGUUAUAGUAAGCUGCGUCCUUCUACUGAUACUGUUACUCUGUGUUGCUGUUAUGGGAACCUGUUGGAAGAGGAAGCACAAGACACACACUGAAAGUGCAUAUGCCAAUUUCAGAGUGGAGAAAAAUAUGGCUCUUUAUGAGGAGUGUGGGGAGCCAGCCUGUAGGACAGAUCCAGAGAAAAGGAACCUGGAAGGCGAACAGUCAGAAGCAAUAAGCACCGUUUAUGUCCUGCAGUCAGCUGUGAACCAGGAAUAACCACUGCCUACAACCACUCUCAAUCUGUCUUUGCCAAGCUCAAUCCACCCCUGGUUCACUCUAUUAUUUUUGCAACAGAGCCUAGCAUAUGACAAGUCGGUGCAUGUAAUAGUUAUUAGCUUGUCUUAGGUUCACUUUUUUCAAGAUUUCUGAAAAUGUCUAUAUUUGGUGUGUUGUAAGAAAACAUUCUUAUAGCCAGCAAGGUCAUUAAGUUGUCAUUCACCUGUUUCGUGACAAGUCACAAUUUUCAGCCAGUUAUGGCAAUUAAUUAUUUGUAAGAAUGGUAGGUAAAACUAAUACAUCAAUAGAGCUGUGAUUUGCAUCUGACACAAUUGCAAAAUGCUUGAAUAUUGACAUUCAAUGUGACCCUUUAGGAGAUGGAGUUGAUGCAUUUCAGCUGCAGUGUUCCUUGCAUGUGUACAAGUGGCACAGUAGUGAGUGUCUCACAUUGAAUUGUCAUGCUUUUUUAAAGCCUUUCCAACAGGAAAAAGAAGCAACAGGAAGUGAGAAAGCUAUAGUAAUUAACCGGGAAGUAGAAUAUAAUAAUAAUAGAAUCUGUGUGUGUGUGUAGGUGUGUGUGUAUGGACUGACCUCCAGCUGUGGGUGAAGGCUGUGGUGGUGCCGUUGCUUUGCAGGCUACCUAGUAGUUCUCUGGUGACUGUGACAGUGUGUGUAUGUCUGAUAUAUGCCAACAACCAACAUGUCAGCACAUUUUUAUCUGUGGUAAUAAAACCAUAAACACAAUCUGAACACAAACUCCUUUUUUUCUAUUUAAAUUUAGAUAAAUAAUCAUAUCAAGGCUGACCCGGAUGUACCUUAUCAGACCUGUGUUUUGUAGUUGUUCCAAUGACCUUCGGUGUGCACCUAUUGUAUGCUGCUUUGGAUGAAAGUGCCUGCCAAAUAAAUGUAAUGUCAUGUAUUUCUUUGUCAUUUA